UUGGGUUUACGAUUCUUCCAAAUUUCUUCUUCUUCUUCUUCUUCCCGGUUCUGCGAAUUUUCUGUUCAUCUAAAUUCUCGGAAUCUGGGUCUGGGGACUAUUUAUUUUUUUUUUUUUAACUUUUUUUACGGCGUGUCUCUCUUUCGUCGGGAAACUCUAAGGAUUUAUCUAAAUUUUUGUUAAUCAUCAUCUGUCUCUUGCAACAUUUUUUUUUGUUUUAUUAAUUUUUAUCAAAUCUUCGUCGGAAUUAUUAUAAUUGUUUGGUUGUGUAUUCUCUGUCGUAAGGAAGCACUCUGUCAAAAUGGGAACUCCGGAAUUUCCAGAUCUGGGUAAACACUGCACCGUCGAUUACUGCAAGCAGAUCGAUUUCUUGCCUUUCACUUGUGAUCGAUGCCUUCAGGUGUUUUGUCUGGAUCAUCGUAGCUAUAUGAAACACGAUUGUCCAAAAGGAAACAGAGGAGAUGUCACUGUGGUCGUUUGCCCAUUAUGUGCUAAAGGAGUGAGGUUAAACCCUGACGAAGAUCCAAACAUCACCUGGGAGAAACAUGUUAAUUCAGACUGCGAUCCAUCUAACUACGAAAAAGCUGUGAAGAAGAAGAAAUGCCCUGUUCCAAGAUGCAGAGAACUCUUGACGUUCUCUAAUACUAUAAAAUGUCGAGAUUGCAGCAUCGAUCAUUGUUUGAAACAUCGCUUUGGACCUGAUCAUUGUUGUUCUGGACCCAAGAAGCCUGAAUCCAGUUUCUCAUUCAUGGGUUUUUUGAGUACAAACACAAAAGAACCUCCUGCAUCGUCAUCUUCGAGUUGGGCUAGUCUUUUUAGCAGACUUGGUAACGAUAUUAGCCAGAAGUUACAGUUUUCGAGUGGCAGCGAUGGUAGUUCAGAGAAAACGCAGGAGAGGAACGGAAAGCAGAAUUGUGGCAAAGUUACGGUUGAUGUUUGUCCAAAAUGUAGCAGAGGGUUUCGUGAUCCCAAGGAUCUACUGAAGCAUAUCGAUAAGGAUCAUCGUGGCACUUCUAAAGCUUAGAAAAGGAUGUGAACUGGUUUCAUAUUUGUGAUUGUAUCAUUCUUUGUAACAGCUAUGUAAAAAAAUUCAUAUUCUUUGACCUCGGUUUGGUUUUCCUGGUCUAGAAGAUAUUGCAACCUGUAAUGAAAUUGGAUGCAAAUUGUUUUUUGUGGAUUUUUUUCUUAACGUCGGAAUUAAUUUGGUUA